AAAACAUAUUACAGUGCAACCAAACCAAACCAAACCAACCACCCACAGAUAACAGUACAUACAAGCAAGCGUCGUCAGGCAGGCCGGGUCAAUAUCAAUAGGGCAGGUAGGUACAAGGGGAGCAAGCGAGAUUGGUUCACAGGCCAGGUUCAGCAGGUAGCAAGCAGCAUAGUACAGAGGGUCAGGCAGAGGGAUGGUCAGGGUCACAAGCCAGGGAUCAGAACAGGUAGCAAGCAGCGUGGUACAGAGGGUCAGGCAGAGGGAUGAAACAGGAUUAGGACAGAAACAGGAUACAGGGCCCAGGACAAACACAGCACCAAGGCAGAGUCUGUGGGUCUGGCCAU